CCUCUCAAAAAUAUAUGUCAUUACUCCUGAAUUUAUUUUGUCAUGGAUUCAAAAAUAUAGAAGACCAACUAAUGAAGUUCCUCCAAAGCUUAUAGCCACAUAUGGAAAAGAUUUCAAGUUUCUUGGAAGAGAAGAAACAGCAGAGCAGCUUUGGAAUGGAACUUUAAAUAAAAAUGGUGUUAAAAAACGUUAUUAUGCACACCAGAAUAAAAUUAAGGAUCAUAAUUUUCAUCCAAUUCCAUUCAUUGCAGCAGGACCUGGUACUGGGAAAACUUGGGUAUUGGAAGAAAGUUUGAAUAUGUUGCAACAGUGUGCAGAAAAUGAUAGUGAUUCUGAUUUGAAAGAACUGGUAAAUAAUGCUGUGUUGAUUGAUGUGACAUAUGGGAAUGGAUAUCCUAAUUUAGGAUUUUCUGGUUUUGUUGAUAUCAUAAAAAAUACCUUUCUUGAUAUUGAUGAAUUCAAUUUGCUAAAAAUGCUUAAUGCUAUUGCAUUGGACAUUAAGAGAGAAAAGAUAAUGAUUAUUAACUGUAUAGAUGAAGUCAACAAAUUAUAUGAAUUAGAUAAUUCAACUUUUAAGACUAUGGUAAAUGUUGUUGGUUCUUAUAGUUGUGCAUUGAGUUCAAUAUUUUAUGUUCCCCUGCUUGCUGGAACUAUUUACAAGCCUUUGCAGGAUAUUGUCAGAAAAUCCACACACCCUCCUUUACCUAUUUCUCUUCCAUUACUAAGGAUGGAACACAUGUUAAAAAUUGGACAAGAAUUGCAAUUUCCAGUUGAAACAAACACAUUAGAAUUCUUUUAUCAACAAUGCUCUGAAUAUGCUGUUAAUGCUGUUGAUUUUUUACAGGUUAUGACUGAUGUUUGUGUAUUAUUAAAUAAACAUUAUAAAUUUGAGGAAUUUGCUCAUGAUAAUUCUGAUAUUAUUGCUG